GGAAUUCCGGAUCCGUUCUACCAUCGAGCUUCCUCUUCGAUAUAGGGUUUCCCCUUCCUCCCGGAUCUGUUCUACCCGAGACUCCACACGAGAUCCAUUCUCGCCCUCUCCGCCGCCAUGAAUCGCGGCUUCGGCGGUCCACUACUUUGCGUCGGCGAUCUUCUCAGAGACGUCGCCGAUGAAGCAACGGUCGUCGAAUACGGCGAUGGAGAGAUCGAUUUCACUUCGUCCACCUUAGGCGGCGGCCUUCCUCCUCAGCUUCCUCUCCAACCGUCUUGUGAUCACGGGCAAGUAUUCGAGGAGAACUAUGAUCAAUUGCUCCAAUCAUUAGAGGGAAAUGACCACUCAUGGACAACACUAACCUUAAAGCUGUGCACUGCUCUAAAGACUGCAGAUAAGUUGGUUGGUUCUGCCAACUCGAAUAUUGAUUCAUUGUUGGAAAAGGUAGCAUCACUUGAGACGAUAAUAGAUCGUGGUGAUUCUGUCAUUGCCAAAGUCAAGUCAAUACAAGAUGACAAGCUACAUAAAGGUAGUGUAGCUCGAGAAACUAAUACAAUAGGGUGAUUCGGCCACUGCCAAAGCCAGUCAAAGACACAAUGUGAAACUCCAUGAGGGUGAUAUGCAACACCAAAUAGCCUUAAAAAGUAGGCAAACUCCCCGACUCAUGCUACUUGGGAUAUUGCACGGUGACUGUUAAAGCAAAUGCUCAACAAGAAGAUCAUGAUUAUAUAUAUUUAUUUCUUUUGUGAAUUUUAAGUUCAAUAUGUUUGAUUGAUCGUAGUAUGCAUUUCAUGUGACUGAUCAUGACCGGAAAUCUUGGCAUUCGGAUAACUAAAAUGCCUCCUUGUUGGCCUUGGGUGAUGGUUCAUAAUGAUCAAUUAGGAAGAUGGAUUGGUGAAUUAUGGUAACUUUCUAGUGGCUUGUUAGCUUAUUGAAUCGGCUUUAACUUGGUAGACA